CUGCUGCACUUAGCAGAUUGCAUGGAAUGGACUGGUCCACUUUGGACAACAUGGGCAUUUCCUAUGGAGCAAUUUUGCAGUCAGCUACAAUGUGCAGUGACAGGACAUUUGAAUCCUUACCCUGGAAUCGACCAACACAUCCUCCAACUCUGCCAGUGGGACAUACUGAAGCUGAAGUAC